CCUUCGCCCGGCAGUGAAGCUCAAACCGGGGCAGGAGAUACCUGUGAGUGGAUACAGCGGAUGGCCGGGUUCAGUUACCUGAUUCACUAAAGCCUGCGGUUUUUUUUUUUCUUCCACGACACGCAGCUGAUAAGAGAUGCCUUUUCCACCUAUAAAUCUACACUCGCGGAUUUCAUCGCCGGGAAAAGAUCUAUUCAGGAAGAAGAAAUCCGGCACGAGCGUUGUUCCUCCUCAGGCUUUGCUCAACCCUAAACCGCGCGAGGAGAAGGAAGCGGAAAAGGACAAACUGUCCACGUCCUGGCCUAGCGCCAACCUGAGACAGCUGGGAGGGAAACCUCAGCAGCAUUAUUCCAGCAAAAUUCCCACAGACUCCUCAGUGCCGAACCUCGACGUCAUGGACGUGAAAAACUCGUGGCUAAACGCGAGCAAACCGUUGGCAGGCUCGUGCGAAAGCGUGCCGCGCUCCAGCUCCGGGGAAUCGGCGGCGCGGCGCGCCAAAGACGAGCUCGAGCAGGAGGUGCAGUUCUCCCUCAGCCUCACCCCCGAGGCCAUCCUCGUCAUCCAGAAGCGCAACCUCGAAAAGCAGAUGCUGGCCAAGCAGCAGAAGUGCUGCGGCUCGACGGACGGCAAGCACCGCCGCGCCGUGGCGUCCAAAAGGGCGACGCAGGGCGCGCCGAAGAGCAUGGGCACCGUGGCCAAGCUGGACAGCUCGAACGACAUCAGCGCGAUCGUGAAGAUCUCGCUGCUCAACGAGCAGCACAAGUACGACGACGUCGAGUACGAGGAGGAGGACGGCGACGUGGACGAGACGGUGAUGCGCAAAUGUAAAGAGUGGCUGAAAGGCGUCGAGAGCGCAGCCGCCUUCAGCAAAGUGGACAAACUGUCUGCUCUGCCGCACCUCAAGAGCUGCUGAUGCUGAUCAAAGCCACUGUGGAGGAAGUCUUCCUCAAGAAAAAAUAUAUAUCAAUGGACUGAAAUAUCGUUUUUUCCCCCCUUGCUGUAGCCUGUUGAUAUGGCACUGUGCGUUAUUGUCUCUCGUGCGGCCCUUUUGGGCCUUUUUUCCACUCAGGUUGCGUCUAAAUGUAGCGCCGUUCAGUUACACUCGGAUAAACGAAUGUCCAUUAAUGAAUGAAUGAAUGAAGCUUGGGCAUCUGCGUCCAGCAUGCGUUGUCCCAAACCACAGGUGUCGUGCUUUUUCCGACAUGGAGAGGCCUGUAGUGCGGAUGUGAUGCAGUUUGGGACGCAGCCCCAACACACACAGGCUUCCCACUGGCGCCACGCUUUUCUUUGUGCCAGAAAUCAGUGACAAACUUUACAGUGUGUGUACAGUAUUUUGUACAGUAUUUAUUGUAUAAAAAAGAAAAACAUUACGUUGUGUUUGUGUUCUAGCCUAGAUCUUGUCAUUUUUAUGGGUUUUUAUGAAAUAAAGUGUAUUCAAAUCCA